UGCUAGCAAAGAGUAUGGAAUAAAUAAAAAUGUUUGUAAAAGACCCCUGUGGGAUUGUGUGUAUCAUAAUUACAUAUGUUGCUGUCUUCUAUGCAGAUUACGUCGUCGUACGUUGGGUUAUCCUGCAUAGUUUGCAAGACAGUUUGUGGGGUCCCUUUCAUGUUGUGGCUUUCAACAUUAUUAUAUUAUUAUUGAUAAUAUCACAUUUGAAAGCAGUCUGCAGUGAUCCUGGUGUUGUGCCACUACUUCAAAGUCGUAUGGACUUUUCUGACAUUCAUACAGAUAAUCCAGAAACAAAAAUUGAAUGUGAUGAGAGAGACAGUUGGACUGUUUGUACUAGAUGCGAAACAUAUAGACCUCCCAAAGCAUGUCAUUGUAGAAUUUGUAAACGAUGUGUUAGGCGAAUGGAUCAUCAUUGUCCGUGGAUAAACAACUGUGUUGGAGAACAAAAUCAAAAGUACUUUAUUCAAUUUCUGGUCUAUGUUGGAAUAUUGGCCUUCUAUGCACUAGGCUUGGUGAUAACCUCAUGGAUUUUAGAAUGUUCUCGGUGCAAUAAUGACAUAGCUGUCAAACAGAGUCGCAUCUUACACUGUAUUAUAUUGGUAUUGGAAUCAGCACUGUUUGGCAUGUUUGUCAUCGCAAUGCUGGUAGACCAAUUUCAAGGUAUCCUCGGAGAAGAAAACAUAACGGAACAUAUGCAGAAUAAUCAUCAUUAUAAAAGAAACAGUUCACGUACUCUGGUUUUACUUUCUCAGGUUUGUGGCAAGAGCCAUCCAAUUCUAUGGAUGUUUCCUUGCCAAAACCCACCACGUUAUACUUUCCGAAAAGAUGCGUACCUGAUAGAUCAUGAAGUUUAGAUGAAUACUUAAUCACAUAUUGAAAUGUAAAUGCUCUUUUAUGGCUUUGCUUGCCAUAAAUACUUUUCUAUAUGUUUAAGAAAGUCUUCAUUAUUUAAAUGCAA